CCCCGGCGCGGGACCACCCUCCCGCCUCGGCUCCGGCGGGCGCCCGUCGACCCGUCAGCCCCGUGCUCCGCGGCUGCUCGGCCAGCCCGCGAGCUGGGGAACAGCCUGCCGGGGGCAGCGUGGGGCUUGGCGUCUCUGAUUCAUUCAUUCGCCGCCGCCGGAGCUCGGACCUGCAGCGCUCCGAGGAACGGAGGGACAAGGGGCAGCCGCGAAUGAGGGGCCGAGUGGGAGCCAGGCUCCAUUGUGCUCGGCGGCGGGGGGCGGGCAGGGGCUGAGGGGGGUGGGAUCGGGCCCCCUCCCGCUGCUCCCCGGGUGCGCUGCGCCCCCAGCCUGCUGCCAGCCUGGAAAUGGCUCCGUGUGUUCUCUUCGGGAGAGUGAAUCGAUCCUGCCCAGCCUUCUCUUCCUCCUCCCCGCCUCCUCUCUGCUCCCAGUCUUAGGAAGGGGGAAAAAAAUUAAAGACAGAUUCCAAUGUGGAGUGCCGAGCGCGUCGCGAGCUGCCGGGCUUGCACGUCGAAGAGGUUUUUCUACAUAGCUUUUUUCUAAUGUCAGCGCAGGGAAGCAGUGGUAUUGCUGCUUUUAGGAUUAUUUUCUCGUAGGGAUCUUUCAAGUGCACGUCGCAUUGGGUUGCACGCUCCACCCCCAGGAACCUGGUGUGGUGGAGAAAUUUGAACCCGCAGCCUUAGUAACACCGAAAAGGCCGAGUUACCUGGGCUCUCCCUGAGUGUGGAGGAGGACAUGAGCGAAAUGACCACCAAGCUCAUGUUUUACAGGACUCCGUGAAGCUGGAUUCUGCGUUUUCCGACACGUAGAUUCGUUUUGUGGAAUAAAGUUGACCGCCGUUUCCUCCGCGCAGCAUUUUAUCUCUAAUAAGCAAAUGCCACCUCUGUUCGAACGUUUUGGUAUUUCCCAGAGAGAAAUAAUUUUACCUAAGGGAACUAACUGAAUUUUCAGCUACAUUGAAAUACCUCCAGAAAAGGAUCUCGGGGGUGGAAAAGCAACUGCGAAACAACAGACGGAGAAAUUCAUUUGGAAGUUAUUCCGUAGCAUAAGAGCAGGAACUUACAAGCAAGUUUUCAUUGGGCAAAAUGGGGGAACAGCCCAUCUUCAGCACCCGAGCUCAUGUCUUCCAGAUCGACCCAAACACAAAGAAGAACUGGGUGCCCACCAGUAAGCAUGCAGUUACUGUGUCUUAUUUCUAUGACAGCACAAGAAACGUGUAUAGGAUAAUCAGCUUAGACGGCGCAAAGGCAAUAAUUAACAGCACCAUCACUCCAAACAUGACAUUUACUAAAACAUCUCAGAAGUUUGGCCAGUGGGCCGAUAGCAGGGCAAAUACUGUUUAUGGACUGGGGUUCUCCUCUGAGCAUCAUCUUUCGAAAUUUGCAGAAAAGUUUCAGGAAUUUAAAGAAGCUGCUCGACUAGCAAAGGAGAAAUCACAGGAGAAGAUGGAACUUACCAGUACACCUUCACAGGAAUCAGCAGGCGGGGAUCUUCAGUCUCCUUUAACACCAGAAAGCAUCAAUGGGACAGAUGAUGAGAGAACGCCUGAUAUGACACAGAACUCAGAGCCACGGCCUGAACCCACUCAGAACGCAUUGCCGUUCUCACAUAGUUCAGCAAUCAGCAAACACUGGGAGGCUGAGCUGGCUACCCUCAAAGGAAACAAUGCCAAACUCACUGCAGCGCUCUUGGAGUCUACCGCCAACGUGAAACAAUGGAAACAGCAACUUGCUGCCUAUCAGGAGGAAGCAGAACGGCUGCACAAGCGGGUGACUGAGCUUGAAUGCGUUAGUAGCCAAGCAAAUGCAGUGCAUACCCACAAGACAGAACUAAAUCAGACAAUACAAGAACUGGAAGAGACGCUGAAAGUGAAGGAGGAGGAAAUAGAAAGAUUGAAACAAGAAAUUGAUAAUGCCAGAGAACUGCAGGAACAGAGGGACUCUUUGACUCAGAAACUACAGGAAGUAGAAAUUCGGAACAAAGACCUGGAGGGACAACUGUCUGACUUGGAGCAACGUCUGGAGAAAAGUCAGAAUGAACAAGAAGCUUUUCGCAAUAACCUGAAGACCCUGUUAGAAAUCCUUGAUGGAAAAAUCUUUGAACUAACAGAAUUGCGAGAUAACUUGGCCAAGCUACUAGAACGCAGCUAAGGAAAGUUAAAUUUCAGUGCCAAUUGAUUAAAAAAGAUACUGUCUCUCUUCAUAGGAUUGUUUGGGCUCCGCAUCAAGAUUGCACACAAAAAAAUUUGAAUAUCUCUUCUCCACGAGGAGGAUCUUUUGAAAAUUUGGAAUUGUAUAUUUCAGUGUAAAUUUUAGAAUUCAGCUUGUAGCUAGUUGGGGAAAAAAAAAAGAGAUGAAAAACUUGAACUACAAAUUACCUCCAUGUAUAUUAUUGGCCAUAGUUAACUAGAAAGUUAUAAAUAGACACUUAAUGCAAUCUUUUUUUUCUGAUAUUAGCCAAUGGGAGAAUUAACAAAUGUCUGGGUCACAUCCCCCUUUUUGUGUUCAACACAGUGAAGGUUAUCUGCUUUUUAAAUUAAUUUAUUUAUGAUAUCUAAAGCUGUGUUUUGUGCAAAAACUUAGUGAUGAAAGCCCUGUCUUUUGUUGUAAUCUGAAUAAUUUCUCAGGAUAUUUUUGCACUGCCAGAGGCAGUGCCAUUACCAAUUAAUUCUUGCCAGGAGUGAAAGAGAGCUGCAUCUUUAAUUGAAACAUACUACAACUGGGUGUAUAGAGUUCUUCCCUUUUUUUAUACUGGAAGAUAUUUCUCUCUGGUGACCACUCUGAUACACUCUGGUGUUCUCUAAUCUUGUCUGCUGUAUAGUUUACUUUUCCAUAUUGAUUCCAUGUAUUUAUGAAAAGAUACUGUCUCCCAUUUUAUUACACAUUUUAAAGCCAACUAAUGAAGGCAGCUGAGUCCCUCCAAAAUUUUUCUUUUUAAAUUUCUAAUAAAUUUGACACACAGUACUGAAAUACAGCAGCCGUCCACUGACGGUCUGGUCUAGCAAUGUUAAGUAUAUUUACAGAAUAUGCAAUUACAUUUAUUUAUAUAUUUUGCAAGAAAUCUUUUCUGAAUGAUUAAUGCAUUUCAAUUUACCAAUACUAAUGGUUGUUGGGGAACUGUUUAUUAUAGAUCAUUUUAAGGUGUAUAGCUAUUUUAAAGGCGAUCCAUUUCCAUCAAGCAGCCAAUCAGAGGACUAUUGGGAUUGGAGCCGCUUACUCUGUCUGGGUCUUCGCAUCAACAACAUCUCUAGUCGAUCCUCACAAGGCAAUAUUCUAAACUGUUAACUAGGCAUUUCAAAACAGGAUUUCAAUUCAGUGGGCUCUCCUCAGUGAACAGGUUUUAAUGUUGUUUUGAUGUAAUUUUAAAGGACUUUUAGCAAACAUGCAUUUCCUUAUAUAUUUCUUUUAAGGAGCUAUUUUAAAAGUAAGUCAAGUGCUGUCUAGUCUGCUUAUGGAGUAAGAAUUGCAUCAGAGUCCAUAUAUUCUUGCUGUACAAUGCUUGUGAUGUUGAGGAGGGUUCUUUUUUAAAGUGUAUGCUUGAGUAUCGACUCCAUGGAGUCUGCAAAUGCACUGACUUUUUGUUUGUACCCCAAAACAAUUGAAUUGUUAAGUACAAAAUUAAGCUGAUUAAUCAAUUUGUAACCCAUUUUUUCACUCACACAGCUACUCAACACCAGACAAUUUUGUUUUAUAUAUGUAUGUGUAUGUAUGUAAAUACAUACAUAUUAAUUUAUAUUAGAGUGAAAAAUAAAUGGUUUGUUUCUAAAGUUAGUUUCUAAAGUGAGUUUUCAGGUGUCUCUGAAAAGUUUAUAUCAGACACUUAAUCAUCAUGUAUUAUAUGUGCUAUAAUAUCAUGUACCUCCAUCUAUUUUAGGGUAUUUUCCUUACCUAUUUCUUGUAGGGAGGAUAAUUUAGGUACACAAGCUCAGAGCUAUUUCUCUGAUAAAUCAGGUAAUAAAAUUUAUUUGAUUGAUGGAAUUUUGAAGUAGAUGUGACUUUAUCCAUCAGUUUCUGAGUACAGAGCACCAUAUUUUAAUUUAAAUAGGGGAUUUAACACUAGGGAUCAGGGAAUUUAGUUAUGAAGAGUUAAAAAAAUUAAAGAAAAAAAAACAAUGUUAACUAUUGAAAUGGUAAGUGAAUUAUUUUAAUGAUGUAAUAAGAUAUUUUUAAAUUUUGACAUAGUUGUCAUUUAAUGGGAAAAUAAGUCACCAAAAUGUCUCCACUUGAAUUGUAUUGAUAUAUGAGACAUGUGUGUAAUUCAAUAUAUACAUAUACUCAUAUGUAUAUACAGAAAAUUAUUUUUAAUAUUUUCCUACUGAUAUGAAAUUUAAAAUUGGAAAUUUUGUGAGUUUUUUCUUUUCCAAUAGAGUCUACUUUUUUUCUUUUUUUAGUGAUUUCAACAAUUUCUUGAGGGCUGCACCUUUAAAUUCCCAGAUUGUCUUUAGACAUGUAUAGUAUAUGGGAUAAGGUGGACACAAGUGCACAUAUAAAUAAAAUCUUCUUAUUAAGACUAUUUUAAACAUUCAUUUACAGUAGGAGAGUACCUAGAAAUCAUCAUCAACAAGUCAUAAUUAGGCUAUGUGCCUACUGUCGUUUUCUCCGUUUCUGUAUUAUAUAAAUAAAAGUUUGCAUAUUAAGAUUUGAUUUUUUUCCCAGAGACAAAUAUUAUAUAAUGUAUCUAUAUUUAGAUCAAACUGUGGUAAUAUAUUUAUCAGAAAACAAUGUUGGGGGACUAUAGCCUGAACAUGUGGACUGGAAGUGGACACAGGGGAGGAGAGCAGAGAUUGAUUCCCAUUGUGUAAAGUUACUCUGUGAUGACUGAAUUCUUGUACAAAAAGACAACUGAAAAAAAGAAAAACAAAAAUACAGUUUUUAUUUUGAAAUACCUUUGUUGUUCUCUGAAGAAUGUACUUUAUCUUUUUUUCCUUCAGUCUUUUACAGAUAUUUUUAAAGAAGCAUUUAAGUAAUGGCAGCAUUUACUUAAAUCUUACAGGUGCUACUGGAUUUUGCAUUAGUGUGUUAUGUUGUGAAAUCCUAACUUUGACAUAAAAGGUUUUAUAAGUAUUUCCCUGCCUGGAAAAUUAGUUUUUGUUUCUCCUCUCUCUUUUUCUCUCUUUUUUCCUCCCUCUUUCUUCCUGCAGAUUAAAAAAGGCCAUGAAGUUGCACCCCUUCUGUCCCUAUAGGAGAACUCCAGCAUCACCAUAGAUUUAAUGUUUUGCUGUCAUUGAACCUAUUGAGAAGCAGUUAGAGGAAAAACUUAUACCAUUUUUUCAAGUGAAACUAAGAGAGACACUCAAAAUUGAACCACCGCCACCUUUUAAAACUCAUUUCUCUGCCUUGUUAAAAUUAAAUGUAUUCUUUCACAUGUGCGCUCCAGUCUUCCACGUUUUUACUUAACUCCGGAGUGUGUUCAGCCGCUUUCUCCUUUCUGACUUUCUGACAGCUCUGGAACGGGAGGCGAGACAGAGGAAAUAUUUGUUUGGUGGCAGUGGUUUAUUGGUUUUUUUAUUUAUAGAAAUCCUUUUGUUUGAUAUCAAAUGAUUUUAACAUCCUGAUAUUGUGAUUGAAGCCAUGAAAUAAUCUUCAUUGAAUUUUUUUCUUCUGGAUAUUUAGCAUUGUUCCUUUAUCCUUUGUGAAGUCAAUUAAUUUAUAUAAAUCUUAAAGAGGAAAACUUUCAGGUAAGAAGUAGUUGAGAAUGACACAUUUGAGGAAAAAAAAAAACUUUUCUCCAGUAGGAUACUAUGCUAUAAUCAGUAUUUGCCGUAAAGAUAAUUUUCAUGUGAGAAAGCAUUUUAAAAAUUACUAGAAAGGGAUCAUUUUGGAAUGGAAACAGAUUUAUCAUUCACCUUACUCUAAAUUGUGAGAAUGUAUUUUUUAAUAAUAUUCAUGUUAAAUUGGACCUUAAAUUUUAUUUAGCCUUUUAUUUUGUACUAGAGUAUAGUCAAUUGGACCUUUAAUUUUUAUGGCAGUUUUUCUCUGUGGGAAUCUGAUGUAUUGUUGUUACAGAAAUAAGCAUAGUUAAUGAAUUGAAGAAAUGAAUGUUUUUCUCUUUUUGUUUAUAUAUUGUAAAAUAGCUUCAAAUAACUAACAAUUUUACUCAAGAAAAGACUUGAUCAGCAUUCACUGCCAAGUGAUUUCUGCUUAGUAUACUAGAUAAAAAAGGAUGGAGUUGUUUUUACCAAAACCAGGUGAUCCUGGGAGAGAAAUUGCACCCAGAAUAGGGGAAAGGCCAUACGCUCCCAACAGAUUUCUAGUCAAUUCAUUGAUCUCUGUAAGUACCCUUUUGAUUAAAGCACAUAUUCCAGAGGAUACCAGGAGUGUAUGGGGUGAGGAGGGGAUAUUUUUCGUGAAACCAGGACCAGCAAAAGAGUAGGAGCAUAAUGCCCUCCGUUUUUAUCUCAGACACGUCAGGAUAGCCAGAGUAACGUAAAGUGCUAUUUCCUACCUUGCUGCUGCUUUUAACUAAACAAUUUGGGAUUGCCCUAAUGAAUUUCAGAGGCUUCCAAAAGAUCCUGUCAUUUUUGCCUGUCAGGAUUUAUAACCUAAUAUGACACACAGCGCUCAGAACUCACCAUUCUGUGGCAUUCUGACCUACUUUGUCAAUUAUUUUCACGUCAGAUUUACCCAGGGACAGAAAGAUUACUCUGCUUUCUCCUAAUAAAACCAAAUGAAGUGACAAUGGGUGCCUAGUAAAUGCAAAAUUAAGCCCAUUCUGUAAUAUAGAAAAUUUUUUUCUGUUUUUUUUUAAAAAUUUCUUUUCUGGGUAUCUUUUCUAACUACAUUCAUUAUUUUAUCUUGUUAUCUGUUUUAUAACUAUGUUACUAUAUAUGCAUAAAUAUAUAGUAAGUUGUAUCUAUAUGACAUGUAUAUAUGACUUUUUUGGUUAUUAUACCUUAAGUGGAAUGACUGUUUCAGAAAACAGGGCUAGAAGUCAAUGUUUUCUCAACAACUUCAAAGUGAAAGCAAAUAGAACUAGGUGUUUGUUGACUGUCUGUGACAGGCACUGUACUAACUGUUUGAUGUUUCAUCUCUACAUAUAGGGUCCCUGCCAGGGGUGUCCUUUGGAGGGGGGAUGCAGGGGAAAGGCUCUCAUGAUUGCACCUGCUGUGUCCCAGCAGUCAGUCUGGCUUUCCUGUCCACUGUCAGAAGGUGGAGAUCUUGCUCAUGUUGCUGGUACAGUUUCCCCUCAAGCUUGCCUGCUUACCUCUUCUCUCUGUAAUAUCUCUGUUAGGGCACUUCUUAACUAUAAAUCUUGUAUUUGCUUUUCUUGAACUUCUUCCUGCAGCCUCCUUUGGUAUUCACAAUGCUUGUCAGUCAGUUGCAGAUCAUACUUUGUUUGUGAGUGUCAUAUUUAUGCAGUAUUUUUUCUUCUCCAGUAUUUUUAAUUUAUAGACUUCAGAUAAUCCAAGCAAAGUAGCUUUCAUAUGCACAAUUUCAGUCUGUAAAAUUUAAGUAGCAAACUACUUAUGAAGGUCUUGGGGAGACAAAUUACCCGAUAAGGUUCCUAGUGAAAUAAGUUGUAAACCUGUAAAACUCCUCCCCCAACACUAAAUUAGAAGCUAAGCAGGAUGUGGGUUUUGCAGUCAGCACUGGGUAACUUUGUGGUCAGUUCUGGUUCCACAGAAGUUAAAGCUUUUUCCGGUUGAUCAAGACAUUAGAUCAGCCACAGAAGUAACUCAUGGUCCUCGGUACUUUAGAUGGGUGAUAGCCCUCAUAUAAAGGAAUCAUGUGUUGUGUCUUUUCUGCAUCUGGCUUAAUGUUUCCAAAGUUUCCGUGUUAUGGCUUAUAUCAGAAUUUCAUUCCCUUUCAAUGCUGAAUAAUAUUGCAUUGUAUGGAUGUACCACAUUUUGUUUAUCCAUUUAUCUUUUGAUGGACACUUGGGUCAUUUCCACCUUUUGGCACUUGUGAGUAAUUCUGCAAUGAAUAUUCAUAUACAAGUAUUUGAGUCAUGCUUUCAUUUCUUUGAAUAUAUACCUAGGAGUGGAAUUGCUGGAUCAUACAGUAACUCUAUCUUUAACCUUUUAAGAAAGGGUUGGGUUUGAACUGGAAUAAUUUAAAAGUCUUAUGGAGCAAGGUGCCAUCUCAUUGGGAAAUCACAGUUGUGGGGUUAGUAUUUGUUAAUAGACCUGUAAGUGAUCCAUUGGCCUCUUAAGUUGUGCCUUCAACUCUCUUACCUAAAACAUCUGUUAAGCUCCUGCUCUAUCCCAGGAAUAGAAAUGUGAAGAGAGAUGCUUAUCCUUUGGUGCAGAACACAGUUCACGGUGCCUAAGUGCUGUGAUAGACAGGAGCCUAGUAUGAGGGGGACCAGAGGGAAGAAGAGUCAAGAAAUCUUUCCCAGAAGAGGCCCCAACUGAGUUUUGGUGGAGGAGUAAAGGCUAGCUAGUGUAAGAAGGGGUGUGAGAGAAUUGUAGGGAGUGUGUCAUGUGCAAAGACUAGGAUGGAUGAAAGCAUUGAGACAUUCGGAGAAUUAGAAUGCGUUAGUAUACUGACACAUAGGGUGUUAGGGCCGGGUGUAUGGAAUAAGAUAGUGAUUGAAGAGUAGGCAAAGGGUAGAUCAGCAAAGACUUUUUAAGCACAUGAAAGAUAUGGGUUUUAUUCUGAAAUCAUCUGGAGAUAUUGAAGAACUAUUUUUGUAAAGAAGUAAUGUAGUGUUAAAAUAUAUGGUUUAAAAAUCUAGGUAUUGAGACUCCCCUUGGUGGUCCAGUGGUUAACUCUGCACUUCCAUUACAGGGGGGAUGGGUUCGAUCCCUGGUUGGGGAACUAAGAUCCCACAUGCUACAUGGCAUGACCAAAAAAAGAAAAUAGAGUCUAGAUAGCUCUAGAGAUCACAAUAGCCACUGUUAAGUGGCUCUACUGGAAUAGAGAAGGUGAAAUGGAUUCAUAGAGUAUUUGGGAGGUAGAAUGAGUACGGAUUCUUGGUAGAAUCAGUAGAUGGCAAAAAAAAAAAAGAGGAGAAUACAGGCUGAUUCCUAGGUCUCUUGAGUUGGACAACCAGGUGAAAAAUCCCAUUUACCGAGACAAUGAAUUCAAGAUGGGGAAUGGCUUAGGUUUGGUGAAGGCAGGGCAAAACAAGAUGAAUGGUGGGUUAGAUCUGUUUUAAGUUUAAGAUACCUGUGAAAUAUCCGAGUGGAAAUAUGAUUCUGGUUGGGACUUAGGAGAAAAAUUGAUGAGUUGGAGAUAAAAUAUUUGGGGAUUGUCAGCCUAUGUAAUUAUAAUUGAGGGCAUGAAAACUGGGGUGAUUACAAGAUGAAAAUGUCACUUUGGGCCAGGUGUAAGACAAGAGUUUGCAAAAGAAACCAAGAGUGAUGAGUAGACAGACAGAGUAGGGGACUCACGGAACCCAGGGUGGAGUUUCAGAAAGCCAGACUUCAAAUGAGGUUAAAAAAACUGACACAGCAACUCAUGUCUUGAGGCAAUGAUAUUGCAAGUAUGUUCUGCUGAGACCUUUCGUUAAUAUUUGAUUGAUAUAUUUUAACAUAAACUUAAAAAUGAACAAACUCAGAUAUGCAGUUUAUAACAUUUUAAAACAUUGAAAUCUGGCAAACAUCAGUACCAGGUUAACUGUUUUUGUGCAGAUGCCAACAUCAAGCCAUCUCUGGUAAAUUGAAGAGCAUCUUGGUAUUUCAAGGUGAACUAUUAAAGAACCACUACCAUUUCUUUUUUUUUUUUCCACUACAACCAGUUACCAUUUCUUAAUGUGAAUCAGAAAUUUCUCAAAACUGUGCAACUGAAACAAAAUAUAGAAAUAGGAUCAACAUACGAUAAUAUCUGUCUUCUGUAAACCUCAAAUGCUGUUUAUGAAAAUAGUUUCACUUUUCUUCUUGACGUAUUAUUCAAUUAAAUGUUACAUACCAUCCUGUUAAUAUAUUGGUUGGUUUUCCAUGUAGCUGUCAUUUCUAAAAAGCUCUAGGGAUGGGGAGGGGGUCACUCUUUCCUAGUAGAACUUGGCUUAUUACCUUUUCUGUGGCUGAGCUGCCUCUCCUCUCCUCAAAGUCAAGUUCUAGAGGCUUGAGUGUAUUACAUGUAUCUUUUUAAAAUGUGUUAUUUUGAUACUGAAUUCACCACUAGGACCAGAUGGCAUUUGUGUUUUCAUUGCUAUAGAAAGUUUAGAGAAUUAAUAUUUAUGUUAAUCUUAAAUGAUCCUUAUUCUUUUUCAUAUUGAUUCAUAAACAGGUCACUGUAUACAAAUUAUCUCUGGUAUAAAUGAUCUCAAACAAGGACAACAACAACAAAAUACUCUCUGUACUGGGUUUUAGAAUGCUGUAUAGUAUAUUUGAUUUUUAUUUCUAGUUUGAGUUAAAAUUAGCUUGAAUUCCUUGGGUAGACAUGACUUGCACUACUUGGGCAACAAAUUAGAGCAUGUUAGAUAUUCCAGGAAGAAAAGAGGAGCUUCUGGUUUUCAAAUUUGGCUCCAACUAAUCCAUAAAAUUUGCAAAUCACUUGUGAAUUGUCAAAUAAACUCUUACUUUUAAACCA